AUGAGGGCAUGGAGCCAAGUGCCCAAUACCCAGUGUCACCUGGGCUUUAUGGAUGAUGACCUCUGUACCCUGCUAGGCAUGAAAACUUACUGUGGGGACCACAACUACCCUAAAUACAAGACGUAUGAUAAAGUCCCAGAGAGGCAGGCCCAGAUGGUAGCACUCCACUGCAGAAAGCCAGCUGGGCAAACUUACUAUAAGGGACAGCAAAGCCAGCCCAAUGAUUGGGAUGACUUACCUAUUAAGGCCUAUGUACGGUCACUCUUACUGCUGCUGCUUAUGUCAAACCUGCUCCUGUGCAAGCACGUGGCUUCCCAGCCCUUCUGUCCCAACGGGGCUAGCUGCCGGGUGUCCCUCCGAGAACUGUUUGAUCGGGCCAUCAUCGUAUCUCACUAUAUCCAUAGCCUCUCGUCAGAAAUGUUCCAGGAAUUUGAUGCGCAGUAUUCCCAGGGCCCGGGGUUCUUUACCCAGGCCAUCAGCAUGUGCCACACUGCGUCCAUCUCCACCCCAGCUGGCAAAGAGCAGGCCCAGCAAAUUCACCAAAAAGACUUUGUCAUCCUGGUCAUCCACUUGCUGCGCUCCUGGACCGAACCUCUGAAUCAUCUCAUCACAGAAACCAGUCGCCUGCCAAAAGACCCACAUGCUCUCAGAGCGAAAGCCGUAGAGAUUCAGCAGCAAAACCAGCGCCUUCUAGAAGGCCUGGACAAGAUUGGCAAGCUGGUUGAUCCUGAAAUCACAGACAAUGGAGACUACGCCGUCUGGUUGGGACUUCCAGCUCUGCAGUCAAACGAUGUAGAGUCCCUCCUAUUUGCUUUUCAUAACAUGUUCCGCUGCCUGCGCAGGGACACACACAAGGUUGACAAUUAUCUCAAGUUCCUUAAGUGCCAAAUUGCUUAUGACGGCAGCUGCUAA